AUGGGUAAUGACGGCGGCUCGAUCCCGAAACGCCGCGAGCUCGUCAAGGAAGCGGCGCGCAAUCCGACCGUCAGCGAGCUGAAAGCCACCGCGCUCGAAUCUCUCAGCCAUGCCUGGACACACGAUCCCUUAUCCUCCGAGUCUCUCGACAUGGAGAACACCGUAUCCGACUGGCGAGGCCGGCUCUACAACUACGAGUCCAUCCUCAAGGGCCUCAUGCCUAGCGACGUCGACGCAGACGCUGAGGACAAGGCGAACGGCAACGACAUGACAUUCUCGCAGACUGGCGUCAAGAGCCUCAGGGACAUCGUCAGGCUCAGGUUCAAGCGCUACAAGCCGGCCGGCUCCAAGGCCAAGGAGAUCUGGGCCUGCCCCGUCAGCCUCAAAGAGCUCGGGCCUGCCACCAAGUCUGUGUACAUCGUGCCCUGCGGCCACGUCUUUGCCGAGGUCGCAAUCAAGGAAAUCACCGACCAGGAGCACAACUGUCCCGAGUGCAGCGAGCCCUUCGAGGACCAGGACAUCAUACCGAUCCUACCAAUCGAGGAGGCAGAGCUGGUCAAGCUCGAGAGGAGGAUGGAGGGCCUGCGCGCGCAGGGGCUGACGCACAGCAGGAAACAGGACAAGAGCGGGAAGAAGAAGAAGAAGCGGAAAGCCGAAGACAAGGAGGAGGUUGACGGUGUAGAUGGAGGCAGAGCCCAUCAGGCCGAGUCAGAGGCUCGCCACAAGGCCUCCAAGACACAAAAGGAGGCUUACGGGACAGGCCGAUCUGGAGGCAUCAAUAAUCCGUUGACGGCAUCGCUAACUGCCAGAGUACUGGCGGAGCAAGAGGACAGAAUGAAGAGACGGAAAUUGGCCUCAGCCAGUGGCUGA